AUGUCUCCCAUCGUCGCCCUCCUCCGUCCCCUAGUCAUCUCCGGGCCGUCGGGCGUGGGCAAGAGCACACUCCUCACCCGUCUCUUCGCCGACCACCCAGACAAGUUCGGGUUCAGCGUUUCCCACACGACCCGCGCUCCGCGUCCGGGCGAAGAGGACGGGAAGCAGUACUACUUCGUCACGCGCGAGAAGUUCAAGCAGCUCCUCGAUGAGGGUGCUUUCAUAGAGCACGCAGAGUUCUCCGGCAAUUACUAUGGCACAAGCUUCAUGACCGUCCAGCAGGUGUCCAGUACGGGUCGUCGCUGCAUCUUGGACAUCGAGGCGCAGGGUGUCCGCCAAAUCAAGCAGACGGACCUCAAUCCGGUCUACCUGUUCAUCUCGCCGCCAUCCCUGACGGCUUUGCGAGAACGUCUGCGCGGGCGGGGGACAGAGUCUGAGGCAUCUGUCGCGAAACGACUGGCGACUGCCUUGAAAGAGAUCGAUUAUGCAAAGGAGGGCGUCCACGACUACGUGAUCGUCAAUGAUGAUUUGGAGAGGGCCUAUGAUCUCUUUAAGCAUGUAGCACUCGACGACGAGAUACCCAGCGACUCACUACCUCUCUUGGACGAUUAA